AGGCGGCCGGAGCCAAAGAUAGGCUGCGGGUUCCGGACCCCCGCGUCGUUGACAGUCAUGAUGAUGGGUGCGGGUGCGGGCCCGCGGGACUGGGCUCGAACCCCAUAGAGGGAGCGACUUGGUCAAGAAUGGAACCGCCGGACUACUUCGGCUUCGACAACUUCACGGAGGACGCGGGAGCGAGCGAGUACCCGGUGUGCGCGCGCUGGAAGGACGCCCCGCUGGGCUCGCUCUUCCACCUCGCGCACAUUUUCCUCUUCCUGGGCUUCAUGGGCGGCAGCGGCUUCUACGGGCUGCUCUACCUGUACGCCUUCCUGGCGCUGGGCUUCUUCUGCUCCUCCAUGUGGGCCUGGUCGGACCCGUGCACCACCGACGCCUUCUCGUGGACCUUCGCGCUGUUCGCGCUCUGCGCGGCGCAGCUCGUGCACGUGGCGUACCGCCUGCGCAGCGUCACCUUCGACAAGGAGCUCCAGGACCUGUACGCGUACGUGUUCCAGCGGCUCGGCGUGUCGCUCAGCCACUACGGCAAGGUGGUGACCUGCAGCGAGGGCCACAUCCACACCCUGGAGAAGGACCACUGCUUCGCCGUGGAGGGCAAGACGCCCAUCGACAAGCUCUCCAUCCUUCUGUCGGGCAGAAUCCGGGUCACUGUGAACGGGGAGUUUUUACACUAUAUAUACCCUUUCCAGUUCCUUGACUCCCCUGAAUGGGACUCCCUGCGACCCUCCGAGGAGGGGCUCUUCCAGGUGACCCUGCGAGCCGAAAACUGCUGCAGGUACAUCUCGUGGCGGCGCAAGAAGCUGUACCUGCUGUUCGCCAAGCACCGCUACCUGGCCAAGGUGUUCGCGCUGCUCGUGCGCAAUGACAUCGCCGACAAACUGUACUCGCUGAACGACAAGGCCGUAGGCAGCGGGGGGGUCCGCUACGACUUGCGCCUGCCCUCCUUCUGCCACGUGCAGGUGCCCGAGGUGGAGGAUCGCCGGGUGUGUGCGCGGGUCCCGGAAAGGAGAGCGAGAACCCAGCCCCCACACACACCCACAUGAAGGCCACGGGACACGCGCACACACACGGGCUGCGCUCUUUCAUAAAGCUCCAUCGCGCAUUUUUAAAAAAAUCACUUUCUCUUCUGUGACCUAUCCAACGAGUGUUCACCGACUUUCGUUUUUAAGAAUACUAAUCCCCCCCCCCCCCCCCCCCCCCAUGAGUUUUUCGCUCGUAGUGACACUCAUCAGUGCAUAUUGUUAGAACCCAUUCCAUAUGCAUCCAUAAUUUGAGAACAAGACCCUUCAUUAUUCCUUUUUUUUGGGACUGUCUCCGGCUGCUUGAUUUUCCCUGCGCUGGAAAGUGAAGGUUUGAUGGGGCUGGAAACUGACACCCUGUUUUUGACCGCUUCCAAAUUUAGCAGCAGGGUCCGUUUUUAGCGCAGAAGUGCGAUGCGGAGCCGCGAAGCCGUUUGGCUUUUUUUUUUUUUUUCUUCCCCUUUUCUUUUUCCAGUCGCACGUCUGACGGCACUUGGACACCCUCUCUGACCUGCCAGGUGUCUCAAUCACCUGUGGAUCUGGGACGGGGAAGCGCAAGUCUCGCGGCCCUUCACACUCCGCGCGCUGGCGCACAGAGCUGCUCGGGAUAUUAAUAGCGCAGCUGAAAUUGGCCUUCAGCUAUAUGACAGCUGUGGGGCGGGGCGGGGGGGUCCCCUGUUGUGUCCUUGUAUUUAUCGCUUAUUUCAGCCCUUUCACCUGGAUUUCCGCAGUAGUGUGACGACAAACUGAUUUUCAAAGUUAUUUCUGAACAUGUCUAUUUCCAAAAAACGAUUUUGAUGACGUAUGUAGUUAUAGUUAAUCCCUGUGGUCUGCAGUUUCACUGAGUGGGAUUUAUAGCUUGUGUCUUAAUGUUUGGUUUCAUUCUAAUACACAUCCCCCAGCUGCCUCUUAAAAUGCGGAGGUUUUUUUUCCUCCAUCCAAUUUGUAACACUUGAAAGACUGGAUGUUUAAAUAUACAGUAUGUGAUGAAUA